AUGACGUCUACCACAGCGAUCGUAGCGCACGAGCCAACCCAUCUCAUGAAAAAGAACUGGUCACUUGAAGAAGUCACCAUCACUACCCCAGGCGACGAUGAGAUCCUAGUAGAAAUGCACGCCGCAGGAAUCUGCCACACAGAUCUUCUCCUUUCAUCCGUCCCUACAGGUGUAUUCGGGAUCCAAUACCCGAAAGUCGUCGGACACGAAGGCGCUGGAAUUGCCCGUGCAGUGGGUAAAAAUGUCCAAUCGAUCAAUCCAGGAGAUCCCGUCCUUCUAUCUUUCAGCUCCUGUGCUUCGUGUCUCCAGUGCGAGGAUUCUCAUCCAGCUUACUGCGAUAGCUUCGCCGUGAGAAAUUUCCGCGGAGGCGAUGGAUCAAUGACCAUGCAGUCUGAUAAGAAACUCUGGUCCCAGUUCUUUGGACAAUCCAGUUUUGCGAAGCUUAGUGUUGUCCAUAAAUCCAGCGUGGUCAAUGCUAAAGACCUUAUUCAGGAUGUCGAUGAAUUAAAGCUCUUCGCGCCGCUAGGCUGUGGAUUCCAAACUGGCAUGGGCGCUAUUCAAAAUAUCACAAAUGCCGUCCCGAGCGAUGUGAUACUAGUCACGGGUCUUGGGGCUGUGGGGAUGGGCUCUGUGAUUACUGCUGCCAUCGUGGGAUGCAAAACCAUUAUCGCAGUUGAUCGAGUAAAAGCGCGUCUUGAUCUCGCGAAAAAAGUUGGUGCUACUCAUACGAUUGAUACCAGCGAAGAAGGAUAUACGACAUUGGACGAGGCUGUUCGGAAAUUGAUUCCUACUGGUGUUUCCAUUGCUAUUGAUGCUACCGGUGUUCCUGCGCUUAUUGAGCAGAGUUUGGCGGCGACGCGGGCUCGUGGUAAAAUGGUUAUUGUCGGUACGCCGCCGCCUGAUUUUAAUUUGAGCAUUCAUGCUAGUACACAUCUUACUACCGGGAAGGCUGUUUUGGGGUGUAUUGAGGGAGAUUGUGAUCCUCAGACUGCAAUCCCGCAGCUGGUCCAAUGGUAUCGUGAGGGUAAAUUCCCUCUUGAACCUUUUGUGAAGUACUUUGAUGCUGCGGAUUAUGAGGCUGCUGUUCACAGUUUGGAGAAUGGCGAGGUCAUCAAGCCCGUUCUGAUAUGGAAGCACUAG